GACACGCGGCGACCAGACAGCAUCACAUGACCGAUAACCAAGCAGCCAGACGUCCGUUACAAUGUCCGAAGUUCAAGAGUCGGCUGGCUGAGUUGCCUGCCCUUUGGAUGAAACAAGUGGGUGGCGUUGCGUACCCAACACCCGCUUGUGGGCUUGUCAUAUGUGCAACUAUUCAGAUUCCUGAGAACAGGUAUUCUGUACCUCAACAUAAUGCUUUAAUAAUGGACAUAAUGAAUAAAGCCUUCUCCGCCCAUCAGGGUCAUGUCUUGUGGACAUCACCGCAUUGGCCGCCAUGUCUACUCCUAGUUCCCUGCAGCUUGCAGUGUCAUUCACUAUACCCUACUGCCUACAGUGUCUUGUCAUUCACUAUGACCUACAGUGUCUUGUCAUUCACUAUACCCUACAGUGUCUUGUGUCAUUCACUAUACCUACAGUGUCUUGUGUCCAUUCACUAUACCCCACAGUGUCUUGUGUCAUUCACUAUACCCACAGUGUCUUGUGUCAAUUCACUAUACCCCACAGUGUCUUGUGUCAGUCACUAUACCCCACAGUGUCUUGUGUCAGUCACUAUACCCCACAAUGUUUUGUCAUUCACUAUACACUACAGUGUCUUGUGUCAUUCACUAUACCCUACAGUGUCUUGUGUCAUUCACUAUACCCCACAGUGUCUUGUGUCAUUCACUAUACCCCACAGUGUCUUGUGUCAUUCACUAUACCCCACAGUGUCUUGUGUCAGUCACUAUACCCCACAGUGUCUUGUGUCAUUCACUAUACACUACACUGUCUUGUGUCAUUCACUAUACACUACACUGUCUUGUGUCAUUCACUAUACACUACACUGUCUUGUGUCAGUCACUAUACCCCACAGUGUCUUGUGUCAUUCACUAUACCCUACAGUGUCUUGUGUCAUUCACUAUGACCUACAGUGUCUUGUCAUUCACUAUACCCCACAGUGUCUUGUGUCAUUCACUAUACCCCACAGUGUCUUGUGUCAUUCACUAUACCCCACAGUGUCUUGUGUCAUUCACUAUGACCUACAGUGUCUUGUCAUUCACUAUACUCCACAGUGUCUUGUGUCAUUCACUAUACCCCACAGUGUCUUGUGUCAUUCACUAACCCUGCAAUGUCCGAGGUCCCACCCAACACUCGUGAAAAACAAAUGUUUGUGACAGGGCCUGUGUACUCCUAUUCACAAAGAUCAGAU